AUGCCCCUGGGUCAGAGGAGUGAGCUGUGGAAGCUGGAGGAAGACCCCGGUCCAGGACCGGGACAGGGCCUGGAGGAGGCACAGCAGUGCGGGGCUGGAGGGGAGGAGGCCCUACCUCCCUCCUCCGCCUCUGCCUCCUCCCAGUCCACCGUCCCUUCCCUCUCUUGCUCGGCCCCGUCUCUGGGCCCCCAGGAGGAGGGGUCUGCUGCGGGGACCCCGAGUCCUCCCCAGAGCCCUCAGAUGGCCUGCCCCUCGCCCGCGGCCAUGGCAGCCACUGCCUGGAGCCUGCCCGACCACGGCUCCAGCAGCUCAGAUGAGGAGGGGUCCAGCACCGGGGAGGAGUCCGAAGAAGCCGAGCCCAGGCUCUCUGACAUAGUCCAGGAGAAGACAGCUGACCUGGUGGGGUUCCUGCUCCUCAAGUAUCUCACCAAGGAGCCGGCCAGCCAGGCGGAGAUGCUGGCGAUCGUCGGCGAGGAUGAGCAGGACGCCUUCCCCGGGAUGCUGGGCCAGGCGUCCGAGUGCAUGCGGCUGGUGUUCGGCGUGGAGGUGAAGGAAGUGGACCCCGGCGAGCACUCCUACGUCCUGGUCGCCGUCCUGGGCCUCACCUGCGAUGCGAUGCUGAGCGGUGAGCAGGGCCCGCCCAAGACCGGCCUCCUGGUGGUGCUCCUGGCGGUGAUCCUCCUGGAGGGCGACCGUGCCCCCGAGGAGGUGGUGUGGGAAGCGCUGGGGGUCAUGGGGGUGUAUGCCGGCGAGGAGCACAUCAUUUACGGGGAGCCCCGGGAGCUCCUGACCAACGUCUGGGUGCAGGAAGGGUACCUGGAGUACCGGCAGGUGCCCGGCUGUGACCCUGCCCGCUACGAGUUCCUGUGGGGUCCCAGGGCCCACGCGGAAACCAGCAGGUUGCAGGUGCUGGAGUAUUUGCUGCGGGUCUAUCCCGGGCUGCCGGUUUCCUCCCUGGCCCCCUCUGAAGAGGCUGUGAGCCAUGAGGAAGAGAGGGCCUGA